AUGGAUGGCGAGGCAGCAGGGGAAAAGGGGAGUCUUGUGCCCCUGCCAGGUGCACUAGGAGGGCCCACCUUGGGGUCUGCACGAGACCCCAAGAAGUCCGCGGUGACUGAUGACUAUCAGUUAUCCAAGCAGGUGCUGGGCCUGGGUGUGAACGGCAAGGUGCUGGAGUGCUACCAUCAGCGCACUGGGCAGAAGUGUGCCUUGAAGCUCCUGUAUGACAGCCCCAAGGCCCGGCAGGAGGUGGACCACCACUGGCAGGCCUCAGGCAGCCCCCACAUCGUGAAAAUCCUGGAUGUGUAUGAGAACAUGCAUCAUGGCAAGCACGGCCUCCUCAUCGUCAUGGAAUGCAUGGAAGGUGGUGAGCUGUUCAGCAGGAUCCAGGAACGUGGUGACCAGGCUUUCACUGAGAGAGAGGCUGCAGAGAUAAUGCGGGAUAUUGGCACUGCCAUCCAGUUCUUGCACAGCCAGAACAUCGCCCACAGAGAUGUCAAGCCUGAAAACCUACUCUAUACAUCCAAGGAGAGAGAUGCAGUGCUUAAGCUCACCGAUUUUGGCUUUGCCAAGGAAACCACCCAAAAUGUGCUGCAGACACCCUGUUAUACUCCCUAUUAUGUGGCUCCUGAGGUCCUGGGUCCAGAGAAGUAUGACAAGUCAUGUGACAAUGUCAUUAUGUACAUCCUUCUGUGUGGAUUCCUACCCUUCUACUCCAACACUGGACAGGCCAUCUCUCCAAGCAUGAAGAGAAGGAUUCGCUUGGGCCAAUAUGGCUUCCCCAAGCCUGAGUGGUCAGAUGUCUCUGAGGAUGCCAAGCAGCUAAUCCGCCUGCUUCUGAAAACAGACCCUACAGAAAGGUUGACCAUCAUGCAGUUCAUGAACCACUCUUGGAUCAAUCAAUCAAUGGUGGUCCCACAGACCCCACUCCACACAGCCAGAGUGCUACAGGAAGAUAAAGACCACUGGGAUGAAGUCAAGGAGGAAAUGACCAGUGCCCUGGCCACCAUGCGGGUAGACUAUGACCAGGUGAAGAUCAAGGACUUGAAGACCUCUAACAACCGGCUCCUCAACAAGCGGAGGAAAAAGCAAGCAGGCGGCUCCUCAGCCUCGCAAGGAUGCAACAACCAGUAGCUCAUGGGGGAGCCAGAGUGACAGACUACAAUGUUGUAAGGCUCUGGCCAC